AUGGUGGAGAAUUUGUCGAGAUCAAAAAGUCGACUAGUUAAACUACUAACUAACUCAGAUAAUCUUCAAAUCGAACCACACUUCGGCACUAAACGCGUCUCAAGGCCGUUGCAAUUCAUUGAAGAUGAAGAACGUGCAAUUGAAGAGCUGACUCAGCUAUACCGUGAAAAUGUUGGCGAUGAGGUGGUCGUGCGGGUCGAACGAUGCGCCAACUCAGCUGACGCCGCUGCUCAAUGUCCCGUCUGGACGAAUACGCCCCAUUUUCGCGCGUGA